UAAUCAGGUACAGGUGUGGCCAAAUCACCAGCUGCAGCAGUGAGGCUGGGAGCACAGAGAGAAAAGGAAACACCACAAAACUACGGCACGUGGCACAUGUGAUAUAUCAUAAUAUGUGAUUAACUGAGGAAGAGAGGACGCCCCUAAAAGGCUACAGCCGGAAGUCCAAUCUCCCCCACUCCCCGCAGCUUGACGCGGUUCUCUGCUGGAGGAGCGGAGCGGCACACCAGAGGGGCCCCGGUCGUUGUCCAAUGCUGGGGAGCCGGGAAACAGGAGCUGCGGGCGGCGGGGUGGAGGCUGCCGGGCCUCAGGGGCCUCCGAGCCGGGCACCCCGAGGAGAGGAGGCCGGGUGGAGGCUCACCGGCCUGGUCAGCUGGAGGCAGAGACCCUGCAGGACCUCAGCUCUGUUUGCUGCAGCCAACACGGGGAUCUGGUUCGGGGCCUUCAGCUCUUUGCGGACCCUCAGCCUGGCGGCCGUCCUGCUGGUUCUGCUGGUCGUCACUGUGACCGCCAAAGACUUCAUCCGGAGCAGAUCCACCGGGGCUCAUUUAUGGCGCAGCAUGACCACGAGCUGGGAGAUCAUCGACUCAGGCCAGGACAGCCGGUCUGGGACAGGACCUCAGUUCAGCGACUCCCUCAAAGUCUUCCUCCUGGAAACAUCGGCUUUCAAACAGCAGAACCCGGGCAAGUUCUGUCUGCUGGUUUGCAGUUUGUGCACCUUCUUUGCUGUCUUAGGACGCUACAUUCCAGGGAUUGUUAUCUCCUACAUUCUCGUGCUGGGUGUGUUCCUGUGGCCUCUGAUUUCACUGCGAGAGGUUGGUUUGUGGCUGGAGCCAGUUCUGCAGAAGCUGGACUUUGGCAUCGGGGAGUUUCUUCAGAAAGUUAAAGAGAACCAUGAGAGGAGGAUCCUUCAGGCUCAGACUGACAAAGAGGGCAUCGAGUCCGACCUCUCCUCCAUGUUUCCCAAGCUCGACUCCACAGUGUGCAAGGAGAUGUCAGUGUCGGACACAGAGGUGUCUGAUGUGACUUGGACGGACAACGGGACCUUCAACCUGUCAGAAGGUCACACACCACAGACUGAGAACUCAGAGGACCUUGACAGAGAAGAAGCCUUCACCGGUGGCCUUCAAGAAUUCCCUUCACUUGACAACGGCGCGACUACAAACGGCGACGAUGACGACGACCUGAGCCUCGGCCUUCCCUCGCCUCCACCUCAGGCCCAGCAGCCAAUCAAAUCCACGCACACACCCCGUCCUCACAAAGACCAAGCUGCCGACACAGCUCUCGAAUUAGUCAACCAGAUGGCGGGCGACGUCAUCGCCGCUGCUGUCACAGCCGCCAUUCAGGAGAGGAUAGAAGCGGCGGUCGGCUUCACAGCGCUGAGCGACCGGGAUCCGUCAGGAUUCCCAGAAUCCAGCAGGCUGCUGGAGCUAGCCGAGGAGUCCGACAGCGAGGUGGAGGACUUUGAGCUGCUGGACCAGUCGGAGCUGGAGCAACUGGAAGGGGAGCUGGGGCUAGGGGAGGAGAAGACCCGGGUCAAAGAGGAAGCUCAGGACGAGAGUGAUAAGGCGACAUCUACUGGAUUCUUCUCCAAACUCCUGAGACGCCACUGAUGGAUCUCACGUAUGGUCAACAGGGGAGGACAGGUUACAGAGGACAUGUGGAAGGGGGGGGCGGGGGAGAUCUGGUCACUGAGGACUGUUGGGGGUUGUAAGAAAACAAUAUUUCCAUUCAUCUUUAUUCUGUCGAUCUUGCAUCCACGUAUCAGACUGAUCCGAUUCUCAGGUGGUCCCUUUAAUCAGGAUUAUGGUAGCUGAAUGCUGAGAUCAGAAAUCAUCCUGACCCAACCAAAGCUGGAGGAAAAUAAGAAUUGGUUGCCUUUAUUUCUGGUUUUCUCCUUUUGUAGUGUGCUUGCUAACUGAUCAAUCUUCCUCCAAACCAAAAGAUAACAGCAUUAGUCCUCCCCUCGCCCUCCUCAUCCUUUUUUUUGCACCCAUACCUUUUUUUACCCAGCAGGCUAAUGCAGAGCAACUCUUUUCCCCCAAACUGGUCAGAGUCUUAUAUCACCGUGGAAUUGAAUAAUCAUCAACUGUAUAUAAAGAAGGACGACCUGUUGUAUAAGUAAGGCCAAAAUACUGCAGACUGAGAAACAUGUGCAACCUCAUUUCCCCAAAAGUUCUCACACAAAUGUCCAAACAAACAACAAGUUCAAAUGAGUUGGGACGAAGAUCACAAAACUGAAAAAAUUAAGCAAUGAUAAAAAUUAAACACUUAGAGGAACGUCUCCCAACUAAUGAAGUUAAUGAUAAACAGGUUAGUCACAUGACUGGGUAUAAAAAGUAAACUCCAGAGAGGCGGAGUCUCUCUGAAGGAAAGAUGGUACUGAUCCCUGAUAGUCAGGCGCUAUCAUUAAAUGCAGACCCAAACAGACUUAUCCAAGCCCCACCCUCUUAUUUUGAAAUUACAUUUUCCUUCCCUGGAUGAUGUUGAUCCCCAAGAUGAACAGCACUGAUUGGAAGUUCUGCUUGGGAUUUAAACUUACAGCAACAGAACAGGAUUAUACCACUGACUGUUAAUAUGGACGGUGCGCCUCCACCCUCCACAUCCUUCCAUUGAUGCCAAAAUACAACCUCCAUGGGCGCUGACAUGUUGGAGCCAAGGCAUGGGUAGACGCAAUCUGGCUCGUGGUAAAAGGAUUAGGGUCACUGAAUUGCAUUAUGGUAUGUUAGGCCAGUUUAAAAAACAAAAACAAAAUCUGGAAUUGUCCGUAAAUUCUGAUGUUUUUCUCAGAACUCUGAUUAAAGUUAGUAUUCUGUUUUUAAUUUUAAAAUUGAGAUUAAAGUCAGAAUUCUGAAAUGUUAGAAUUCUGUCUUUAAUUUUAGAGUUCUGAAUUUAAUUUUAGAAUUCUGAAUUUAAAGUUUUAAUUCUGAAUUUAAUCUUAGAAUAUUCUGAAUUUCAUUUAAGAAUUCUGAAUUAAAUCUUAAAAUAUUCAGAAUUUCAUUUUAGAAUUCUGAAUUAAAUUUUUGGAUUCUGAAUUUAAUUUUAAAAUAUUCAGAAUUUCAUUUUUGGAUUCUGAAUUUCAUUUAAGAAUUCUGAAUUAAAUCUUAAAAUAUUCAGAAUUUCAUUGUAGAAUUCUGAAUUAAAUUUUUGGAUUCUGAAUUUAAUCUUAAAAUAUUCUGAAUUUCAUUUUUGGAUUCUGAAUUUUAUCUCAGAUUUCUGAAUUUAAUUUCAGAUUUCUGAAUUUAAUCUUAGAAUAUUCUGAAUUUCAUUUUUGGAUUCUGAAUUUAAUUUCAGAAUAUUCUGAAUUUAAUCUUAGAAUUCUGUGAAGAUAUGAGAACUUAAAAAAUUAAUUGGAUUUCUUUUUUUUUUUACCAGCCUAACCUCCCAAAAAAUAUUUAUCAGUGUCCCUAAUCCCCUCCUGGGUGGAGCCAUGGGGCUGGAGGAGAAAUUCUUAUUUGAGGUGUCCUUUUAUUUUCCAGUUUGAUUCAUGUCCCGUCUGUUAUAAUAAAGGAGGCUGGGUUAUUAGCUAUAAUACAGUCGGUCACCAGAGGGCGCUCCAAAGUUGUUUUGGUAGCUGUUGUGCUGUCCAUAAUUUUAAACAGUCUUUGGUUUCUUCCCACAGUCUGGACUUGAUCCCCAUCGAGUCUAACCUGUGAAGGCCUCUGCUCCCCACAUCAUGGUUCAAUCCAAAUUAGACUCAAAAUACAUUGAAGUUUAGUUUCAGUGCACUGGAAGUAAAGUGUUAUGAGAUAACGUUUGUCCAUUCGCGCCCUAAAUAUGAUUUAAUGACGCUCUCACAAAGGACGGCCCUCGGUGACAAGAAAGACCGAACUGUUUCUUUAACAUGCCUUGUACACUUACAGUCAUAGUCAUUGUUUUUAUAAUAAAGACACUGCAAUGUAUCAUAUAUCCUCUUGAAGUAAUCAUGUGAUGCCUUCUGUUUGCAUAACUCUAGAGAUAAUAAAAGUCACUUUUGUUCAUCAGUGCCUGAGAGGACUUAUUUCUGACUCACGUGUACAAAAGCCAAGACAAAAAAAAAAGGUGUUUUUAAAUAUUCAAAAAGAUGAAUGGACUGAAUUAUUUUUAUGUACCUUUGAGUUGUAUCAUGGUGGCUUUCAUGCCGUACAAAAUGUUCUUUUAUGUAAUUAAACUCAAGAAUGUCAAUAAAAUGUUGCAACACA